GAUGGGAAUUCUUUUUUAAAAAAUGACAAAAAUGAAUAAAAAAUUCAAAACAUUCGUUUCUUCUUCCGUUGUUUUCCUAAACUGGUAGAUAAAGGACCCAAGCAGACAACCUACAACAUUUCAAUUUGGAUAUAAAAAUGUCAGAUUUCUCAAAUUAACACAAUUUUCUAUUACAGGAAGUUUAAUCAAACCGAAAUUUACACUUAUACACGAAACCCCAACCAAACCGGUGAGAGAUUAUUCCAGCACUCAGUUCAAUCCAACAAAUUCAAAUUACUGUGAAAUAUUGGUUCUGUAAACAUGGAAGGUAUCAUUGUUAGGCGUGUUAUCCCUUCCGAUAAUAGCUGCCUGUUCAAUGCUGUUGGAUACGUCAUGGAUCAUGAUAAAAAGAAAGCUCCUGAAUUAAGACAGGUUAUAGCUGCAACUGUGUCUAGUGAUCCUGUCAAGUACUCUGAAGCUUUUCUUGGGAAAAAAAAUGAAGAAUAUUGCUCAUGGAUUCUUGAUUCAGAGAAAUGGGGAGGUGCCAUAGAACUUUCAAUAUUAUCUGAUUUUUAUGGACGCGAAAUAGCAGCUUAUGACAUCCAGACAACUCGAUGUGAUUUGUAUGGUCAGGACCGUAAAUUCAGCGAAAGGGUUAUGCUUCUUUAUGACGGGCUUCACUAUGAUGCUUUGGCUAUGUCUCCUUCUGAAGGUGCUCCAGAGGAGUUUGAUCAAACAAUAUACGCUGUACAUAAUGACAGAACUAUAGGGCCUAUUGAGGGCGUUGCUCAGAAUUUCGUGAAGGAGCAACACAGGCUGAGAAAAUUUACAGACACUGCCAACUUCACUUUACGUUGUGGAGUCUGCCAAAUGGGUGUCAAAGGACAGAAGGAGGCCGUGGAGCAUGCUCAGGCAACUGGUCAUGCCAACUUUCAAGAAUACAGUUAAAUACUUGGAAAAACACCUCCAAUAGAGAUUCAUUCAUUGUGCUGUUAAAUCAUUGAACAUUUGUUAUUUCAAUAAAAUUGACAAAGGGAUGUACUGAGGUAGCUUCUUUGUUGUGAAAUAUCCCUGUGUAGCAAACUGAAGGGAUAAUCAUAUGAUGUUAUUUGUUCAUAAUUGAUAAGUUAUAGAUUGAAUUUUGUCAUAUCAUA